CGCAUUCACACUGUAGAGAUACAGUAGCUUAAAAUGUCACUAGUGCCAAACCACUCCUUAUAACUCCCAACUCAACCCACCCCCUUUUCAUUAUUCAUCUACAACAGCAUUACCAUUUGCAAGGAUACAUGGAAGACCAAACCAACUUUCUUCUUGAUUGGGCAUAUUUUAGCCAUGGAAAGAGUAUGGAGGAGCUUACAGAAACUCUUUUGAUCACAACAAUGGAGCUUGAAGCAACAAGACACAAAGCACAAGAACAACUAAAACAAAAAGAUGACCAGUUACUUCACCUCAAACAUCUUCUAAACACAGCAGUAAACGAAAAACUCGAAGCUCAGAAUCAAUACCAGAUGCUCAUUCAGCAUCACCCCACUGUAUCAAGCAUAGAAGAUGAUCUUGAUCACAAUACCACUGGUGGGUUCUCUUCCUCAGACUGUGAAGAAAGCAUUGUUUCAUCGCCUGUAACCGAACCCACUCAGUUUUCGGAGCACGGAUUCGGGUUUUCGAUCAAGGCAUUGCCUGAAAAGGGGAAGUUUUUGGAAGCAGUGAUGAAAGCAGGGCCUUUGUUACAAAACCUUUUACUGGCUGGACCGUUACCGCAUUGGCGCCACCCUCCGCCGCCGCUAGAUGCUUACCGGAUUCCGCCGCCACCGGUGGUGCCACCAGCUAUGCUGCCGGUUAACUGUUUGGUUGGGAAAUUUAGCAGGAAAAGAGGUUUUCCUGAAGGCUGUGAUUCUUCUAUUGAUAGUAGAUGUCAAAGAAUUAAUAUUAAUUAACAUGUAUGAUGUAUUGAUUCAUAGCUAUGUAUGAUGUAUUGAUUCAUAGCUAGGGCAUUAUUAGUGUAAUUAAUUUUCGGAAAAAUUACCAAUC